AUGAAGCCAAGAAGUGACACUGUCUAUGUGAAACGUCUGUCUGGUAUUUCGAGUGACAUCAAAUGCGACAUGGUGAAUAGCAAUGUGGUAGAAGUUCGUCGUGAACGUGCCUUCAAAUGUAUUAUCUCUGUUGCAAGUACCUUAAGUAUUUCCAGCUUGCUAACCCUUUGUCUUGUAGCGCCAUCCGCGUAUAAUUUUGUCGACAACAUGGGAACAUUCACCAGACAGGAUUUCGCCUUCUGCGAAAGUGCGACACACGAUUUGGAGGAAGAGCUAUCAACGAUACAAAGAGUGAAUCCAAAUCGAACAAGGCGAGAUGUAUCUCAUUACAGCGGUUUCAACCCAACAACACUUUUCACGGAACACGUCUCUUUCCAGGAAUGUCCUGCAUGCUGUAUACCUGGUGAGCGAGGAGCACCAGGUGAUGCUGGUCUACCAGGACUUCCUGGAAGUCCUGGUCCAGAUGGUGCACCUGGCAGGCCUGGUGCCACACCGAAUGCAUCUUGUAUUCCAGAAAGAAUAUUCGAACCACCACCUUGUCUUCCAUGCCCGCAAGGUCCACGUGGUGUACCUGGGCAUCCUGGAUUCCCAGGUGAUCCGGGAGAUCCUGGCAUACCUGGGAAACCCGGUGCUGAUGGAUUGCGUGGUAAGCCUGGUGAAGAUGGACCAGCAGGUCCCCCGGGGCCAGAAGGUCCUGCUGGACCACCUGGUGAUAAAGGUUUCACUCCUCAUGCACAUGUUAUUCCUGGUCCUCCAGGUGAUCCAGGUGAUCCGGGACCAUGGGGACCACCCGGUCAUCCAGGAUCAAAUGGUGAAGAUGGCUAUACUGGACCUCCAGGUGAAAAGGGUUGGCCAGGACCACCAGGACCACCCGGUGCAAUCGGACCACCUGGUGCACCAGGACCUAGGGGAGAGCAAGGACCAACAGGAACUCCUGGAACAUGUGUAUGUCAGGAUACGGAGGUAGUUAUAGCCGAUAUGUCUCGUCGACAACCAGAUACAGAAAAGACGAAGAGCAAGCAGGAAAUAAUUGAUGGGAAUGUUCAACAAGAGUCAAGAGUAAAAGAAAUUUCGGGAUAUCAAGGCUUAGAAGAACCGGAUUUGCUUUCCGUGUCAAGCGAGAAGGUAGGAGACGACAGAAAAUCAUUACAAGAUGAGAAGCAGUAUGAAGUAGCAGCAAGUGAGUUAUCUGAUAUAUCACGAGAACGAGGUUCAAAUAGACACAAGUUGGACAGCAGCGCCACUCAUCAAGCAUUUGGUUAUCAGCAAUGA